GCGUAUCCAAUGGUGAGUGGCGUUGGCUUCGGUGGCUUGUGGCUUCGUGUGGCGUCGUCCGUGUUACGUUAUACGGCGUUUCAUCAAUCCUGGCGACGUUUUGCUUCGUGUUUUUCCUGUAUCAUACUUUCGCGCUUCGUGUUACAUUGCGGCGUGACCUAUACUGUGGCGCAUCCGUGUGGCUUGUUGCGGCGGCGGUUGUGAUAGUACUUCCUGCGGCGGGAAUAGUGCGGCACACUGUGGUUGGUGGCGGCAUCGAUUUCAGCGGCGUUUCGUGUACCAUCAACUGCGGCGUCAUAUACUAG